UCUAGUGCCAUUAGUUUUCAGUUCUUUCGUCGAAUUAUGUCGACCAGAUCUCAGCUAACUAAAGAUUUGAAUGAAAGUGUGAAAACAUUAUUAGGAAAACAGGUGAAGAUACUGUUCAAAAAUGUGGUCCGAUUGGAGACGAAGGGCGAUAAGACUGAAAAUCGAGUGCUGGUGUUUUCACCAUGUCGAAUCCUCCUUCUCACGGCAAAAGUUCCCACAAGAAUCGAUUGCCAUUUUCACUACCUGGAAAUCCAGGCGUUGGAAAGCAAGCGAGGAAAUCAGCUCAGCAUAACGGUGAACGAGAAGACUUACUCCUUCCUGACCGGAGACGAUUCCACGUCCAGCCAGGAGGUGGACAGCAUGAUUUCCGCUCUAGCCACUGCCAUUAGGAACAUCUUCCCAACGGUGUCCCUACAUUAUAUAAUCAGGAAAAUCGAAGUGAUUCCGUCGUCGCGCCUUCAGGUAUUAAGGGACAUAGAAGCUGUCGGAAGCAACGUUCGAGAGGUCGGACCGUGCGGUGGUUUCUCCACGCAAUACGCAUGCAUGUGCGACUACUUUAAUAUGCCGUAUCGGGAGGAGGUCGCCUGGGACGUGGACAACAUCUACGUAUCUCUGAACACGCGCGAACUUUGCCUCAAGGAUUUCGAUCAUUUGGAUCAGAAAGAUUUAAUACCAAUAAUUAGCGCUUUAGAGUACAACACGUGGUUCACCAGAUUACGUGUUAACCACGUGAAGCUGUCCCACGACGUUAUGGAGAAGGUGCUCAACGUGUUGCGUAAAUCUUUGAGCCUGGAGGAACUGUAUUUGGACAACCUGACGCUUAAGGCGGACUUCAUCAACAAACUGACCGGCAACAUCAAGUCCAACAGGAUAAUUCCGCUGCACACGAUCGACCUCUCCAAUAAUCUGAUCGAAGAUAAAGGUGCUAUUAACUUGGGUGCUUGCAUUGGUGAAUUGAACAAGGGCUUGGUUCAUCUCAACCUGUCGCACUGCAGCCUCAGUCCGAAGGGCAUAAACCAAUUGUCUAAUCUACUGAAUAACAGAAGCAGCCUUUACAAUACUCUCACCUACUUAAACUUAAGCGGGAACAGUUUGAAGGAUGACAUUACUCAUCUGCAUACAUUCCUCGGACACCCGAACGCUUUGAGUUACAUCGAUAUUUCGGCAACUGAUAUUAUCUUGGAGAGUGUUUUUGGGUCGUUGGUUAAAGGCUGCACCACGAAUCUGGUGCAUCUGAACGUGUCACGAAAUCCAUUCAGCAGUAAGAAAAGUAAAGAAGCUCCGAUCGCCUUCAAACAGUUCUUCAGCACUACGUUGAAUUUGAAGUACUUGAACAUGGCCCAUUGCAAACUGCCUCAAGAAGCUCUCAAAAAUUUGUUAUUAGGUUUAGCGUGCAAUGAAUUUACCAAAGAAAUUACCCUGGAUUUGAGCAACAAUUCUCUGGGAGCGCAAGGAGCUCACGUGAUCGAGUCUUGCAUCCACGGUGUAAGAUGCAUCUCCAGCCUGGAUAUCUCCGAGAACAAUAUGGAUGUAGAUUUGGCGGCCGUGGUGAUAGCCAUCAGCAAGAACAAAUCGCUCAAACAUCUGAGCAUGGGCAGAAAUAUGACAAACAUGAAGGCUAAGCAUGUGUCUACGGUUAUGGACGCCGUAGUGCAAAUCAUCCAAGACGAGGAGUGCACCCUGCAGACUCUUUGCAUACCCGAUUGUCGCUUGAAAGCGGACCUGCACAACUUCUUCAGCGCUUUGGGAAACAACAAGUGUUUGGAGUCCAUCGAUAUCACCGGCAACAUGAUCGGUGAUUCGGGCGCCAGACUUCUGGCGAAGGCGCUCCAGAUCAACAGCAAGUUAAAGUCCAUACUGUACGACAAGAACAACAUAACUCUGCAAGGAUAUUUCGAUAUAGCGUACGCGCUGGAGAGCAACAAGACCGUGCAGCACAUGCCGUUCCCCAUUUACGACAUCACGCCCUGCAUGAAGGCCAACGCGGAUCGGGCGGACAACGUGAUGAGGAAAAUCCAGGAGCUGCUGAACAGAAACGUGUCGCCGCGUAAGAAUAAUAUGAAGAAAAUGAAGGUUCUGCAGCCCGGAUUUUUACUGAGUUCGAAGCAGCACGCCGUGGAUCGUCUGGUGAACCAAACCAACGACGUGAUAAAGAACUUGGGCUCGGAUUCGGUGGCAACCAACAACGAUAUCAAUCACGCCAGUGGAGUGAUGCAGGACGCCGAUAACUGCAAGAGGUUGUUCGGUAUUUUGCAGGAGGUUGCGCAGCAGAAGGACGAAGUGCAUCCAGUGAAAGUUAAGCUGCAGCAAGUCUCCGCGGAUGUUCAUUCCUGCGUCAACGAAUACUUGCAGACUAUAACGGAGAAGAUGCUGAAGAGCAGCAAGGAAUUAUGUCCGUAUGUCCUGAACGAUAAUCACGUGAUGCAAGAUAUUAAACGCGAUUGCAAGAACAAAAAGCAGAUUCCCUUGGAGUUUAUUACUAAUUCGAUUAAGCAUCAAGCCGGAACGGAUAUUAUGAAUAAACUAGGUGAAUUGAAUUUGAUGAUUGCCUCCUACGUUUCUGAACAAAUAACCGAUGAAGUCUUUGAAACCCUGAUGCGCGGUUACAAAGUGCUGUUAGGUGAUAAUACCGGUAUCAGGAUCGAUUCACCGCCGAGAAGAUCGAGACUCAGCAGUUCGGAUAGCUCGAGGCACGGAGCCAGUGAUAUUUCCAUUACGGAUAGCAGCCACCAGUCGGAUCAUUCGCCUUUGAAAUUGGAAUAUUUAAAUCUCGCGACGCCGCAUCUGUCCAUAAAAAGGAAAAGUUUGCAUGGACGCAAGUUACGUCCUAAAUCGGUCGUGGACAGCGUAGAAGGAUUGUCGGCUGACGAUAUUCCAAGCCUGUUACCUUCUUUGCCGAGGAACUCGGAGGAGGAGGAUUCUGUUACGGAACUGCCGAACGCCACGCAUCAGCUGCAACAUUUAGUUAAAGGUCGCCCGAGGAGAGUGAAAACGCGAGCACCGACUCGGCCGCUGCUCAGGCCGAGCGAUGUCAUCGACACCGGUAUACCGGAUCUUAAGGAGGGUUUGGAUACGUUCUUCAGGCCAGGUUCGGUGACCCCGACAUCGGAUGACUGCGGCGGCUUCAGUUCGCUUCCGCCGAUGUGCGACGGCAGCGGCGAAAGUCCGAGCAGGGAUUACUCAUCGCCGGCACUGAGCGAGGGCAGGAAAACGCCUAAACUGGCGCGCAACUCGCCCCAGCUCAAGGGUCUGAUGAUACCCGCACCGAGAUCCCGUUCGACUGAUAACUUGGAGAAGUACUCGCCGGCGGCAGCUAGAAGGGUGGACACGGCUUCACCUUUGACACGUCGCGCGACCGGUGAUAGCCUGCUGUCGCAGGAGAGCAUCGACACUGACGUCGACGUUUCUCCAUGCGGAAGUAUAACCCGAACCAUCACAACAGAUGAUGGAAAGUCGAAAACGGGACCGGCCAUUGCGCCGAAACCCAGACCGUGGUCGAUGGUCAACGCAGAACAUCACAAAUCCGGCGAUACUUUGCUCAGCGAUGGUUCUUCGCCGGCCCAAUCCACUGGUAACACUCCGGAUAGUGGAGAUGCCUUGGACGGGGGCGGCUCCGAAUCGUCAUCCAUCGACAGGAAGAUCGUCAAGGAUUUGAAGGCUAAGAAAGCAGGGUUAUUGCAGAGCUACUUUCCCGUACGCGAGGAUUUCCGGUUUCUUAGCAGGAAUAAGGGGAUAGUGGUUGAUAGAGGACGUUUGUUGAGUACUGGUAGCAUAGAGCGGAGGAGAGACAGCAAUUUUAACUGCAAGGGCACGGAGGACGCCCACUUCGGUAGGUGAUAGGUUUUAAAAGUUACAGAGCGAAUCAAUAUUUUUGGAGAUAUUAAAAGAAAAAAAAAAA